AUGUCUUCUUACAGUGAUUUGAAAGCAGAUCAAUUAUUCCAAAAGGAGCACCUUGCCUUUCUCAACGAACAACUUUCGCACUUAGAGCCUCCCGAGGUGCUUCGUUGGUGUCUAGUCACCUUUCCUCGAUUGUUUCAGACCUCAGCAUUGGGUCUGUCUGGUCUUGUGAUCACGGACAUGCUUGCCAAAAUGGAUCACUCGGUCCCCCUUAUUUUUAUCAACACUCUGUAUCAUUUCCCCGAGACCUUGGAUUUGUUGGAACGUGUCCGUCAAACUUAUCCCAAGCUUACUGUGAACGUUUUUAAGGCCGAUGGUGUGAAGGAUACGAAGGAAUUCGAGGAAAAGUUUGGAAAGGAACUUUGGGAGCGUGACGAGAUGCAAUACGACUAUCUCGUCAAGGUUGAACCCUCCAGACGCGCAUACAAGGAGCUCGGCGUGCUUGCCGUGUUUACCGGACGUCGUCGCAGUCAAGGAGGCGAAAGAGGUGAUCUUGAUAUUCUCCAAAUUGACGGCCCUGUUUUGAAAAUCAACCCUUUGGCCAACUGGUCGUUUGAACAGGUUAUGGGUUACAUUCGUGAACACAAUGUCCCAUACAAUGCACUUCUUGACCGUGGCUAUCGGUCUGUUGGUGAUUGGCACUCAACUCAGCCUGUAAAGGAGGGUGAAGAUGAGCGGGCUGGUCGCUGGAAGGGAAAAGUAAAGACCGAAUGUGGUCUUCACAGUCGUCCCGAUAGCAAGUUUGCUCAGUAUGUAGCAGCUUUGCAAAAAAAGAAGGCUGAGGAAGCUGCCGCCAAAGCCGCUGCUGCUCAAUAG